CAAGCGACAUCCGUGAGUUGUUGCGGCCUGUCUCAGUGAGUGAGUUUUCGUCCUGUUCGUUGGUUCGAUCUGCGCUAUCGCUGCGUUGGAGGAUUUGUCUUCUGGCUGCUUAAAUUUUUCAGCCGUUCCAGUGUUUGUGUGUGUGUUUAUUAUCCAGCAGGAUAAAUUAUUGGUGAACAGAGAAAGGUGAAAAACAGUGUUGCGAAGCGCUUGAACAGUGAACUUUGACUUUCCAGAAAGUCCGAAACUCCUUAUCGGUGGCAUUUUUGAGCCGGAGCAGCAAGAAUCAACCCAACAGCGAACCUCAUCGUGCGAAGAUGAACAUUCUGGUAAUAUCGUUUCUGGCGGUGGUGUCGCUGACAACCUUCCCGGCCGGCACGUACGGUACGCCGGCCGCUAGCAGUGGCGCGCACGAUCCGAAGAAAUCGGUCGCCGCCGCCGAAGCCGCCCUGCCGGUCAACGACAACGGGCUGAAGGAGAUCUGGCAGGAGGACGACCGGGAGGUGCUGAUCCGCAACGAGCGCGGCACCAAGAACGGGGGCAGCGCGGCCGCCGGUAAGAAGAACCACAAGAAAGAGAAAGUUUCCCCUUACAGCUCACACCAGCAGCACCAGGAGCAGCAGCAGCACCAGCAGCAGCAGCAGUCUGCAACCGGAACUUCUGGCCGCAAGGGACAGAAGAAGGUGAAACCGACUGACGCGACCAGAUCGGAGCCGGCAGCGAACUCCCAGUGCCGCUACACCAAGGGACCGUGGACCGAGUGUGACGCCAAGUCCAACACACGUUCGCGAACCCUUUCGCUGAAAAAGGGCGAAUCGUCUUGCGUCCAGACCCGUACCAUCCAGAAGAAAUGCAAAAAAGCCUGCCGUUACGACAAGGGUGCCUGGUCCGACUGCGACAACAACGGACAGAUGUCCCGCACGGACAGCCUGAAGCAGACCAGCGAUGCCACCUGCCAGACGACGAGAGUGGUCAACAAAAACUGCAACCAGGGCAAGUCCAAAGACAAACAGAACAAACCACCGAAGGCCGAGAAGAAGGAGAAAGGUGUCCGCAAAAACCGCCAGUAAAUGCAUCACGAGCGCGUGUGCCAAACAACACACUCACUCCCUACGUUCUACAAUGUCUCAGUUUCUGAUCGGUGCAGCCGGUGCAGAUCCCGAUCCUUUCAUCCCCCCGGCGCAAAGCAAACAACAGCAGCACAACAUCAUCGCCCAAUGUGGUUACAAUAAGCUACAAUCGUCUUCUUUAAAAUAAAUACAAAACGGAAAGGAGAGCGAGGGAAAGGAAUCGAUGGGGUUAAGAAAAGAAGAGGAAAAAAACACAAACCCCUAGCUGCCCAUCAAUCCCAAGGAAUUGGGAUCGAUCUGUCUCCAGACGCCCUCCUGCAGCAUCCCCGUUUUUUCACUUACUUAGUUGCGAUGGAAUAUAGCAGGAGGAAGCGAGUGUGCGCGUGUGUUGUUUGAAUAAUUAGACUUACGGCGUAUGUGCGUGCGUAUGGUUCUUUUUUUGCCACGCCACCGUACCUCAGUUCCAUUUCCCUUUCAUCUUCUCUUCUUUCUUCGUGGGCGGUGCUGAGAUCGGUAGCGUUAUUUAUUAAGCAGAUUAGCAGAGAGACAGAGAAGCAUUAUAUCAUUCAUACGAACAGACACACACACACACACACUCACAACACAGAGCAUAGGAGCAACAUCAACAAGAAGCAUAACAGAUGUAAGCAUACAACAUAAACUAGGCAUUAGUGGCAAAUGUUUUACACCCGUAACAGGUUAGUUCGAAGAUGUGCAGAUUAUUAAAUACAUGCAGUACAUUUAUCGGUACGAUUAUAAAGUGCCAACACACACACACACAACACACAUUUCUCCAACACUACUUACUGCUGCAACAGAGCCGUGAGCAGGGUUCGUCGGGUGUGGGAUAUUUCGAUAAUUUCUAGCAAAUAAUAAUAAACUGAACGUCUAGACACCGACACUUUCUUGAAUGUCGUGUAGCGCUGCGAUGUAGUAUCAUACCGGCAAAUGGCAUUUUUCAGAUCUUAUGUCAACAAAAAAGCAGAAAUCAUAAUAAACGUAAUAAAACAACUGAAAUGAUUAAGUGAAACAAAACCACCUUGGGGUUCCUUGGGGGCACUUCCAACUAUCCAGCAGGGUCUGAAUGUGGUCUGGUAACAGUGUGGCCUGUCUUUUUAAAUAAAGAAACACUUUGAACACAAGAACCUCUGGCCCUGGCCGCCCUGUUCCGAAGAUUGCAGCCUAAAGCGGGACAUCUAAUGUGGAUCGUCCCGCAGAGUCUCGCGCUUUUAACGAUUCAAACAAGUCUGUCUGCCCAAAUGUACAACAGAAAACAGAAGGGUUUAUGUGUUGUCUGUGUGAGUGUAAACGUAAAGUAAUGUAUUUCUCAGAGGAAAUCCAAAACGCGGCUUUAUGCGCGGUAAGCAGGAAGAAGAUAAUACAACAAUGCAACAACGCACAACGCAUAACACAUUUCAUAAAUGGAAUCAAAUAAAUAAACGUUUUAUCCUUCGAAAGAAAAUGCAUUGAAGGAACGCAUAAAAACACACAAACCGAAAUCAAACCGAGACAAAUUCAUGCAAGAU